CAAUUGAUUAAAAAAGAUAUCAUAUCUUCGAAAACCGUGUAACUUUAAUAGGAGUUACCCUCUUUCAGUUUCCUAUAUAACAAUUUGAACUACUAGCCUAUGUAUCAGUUUUUCAUCUCUUCAGAUACGGAUCUCGUUGCAAACAGGGGAGAUGACAAAUGUCUUCAGAUAAAUUUCUUUGAUGGAGAGAAAUAUAACUGGAGAGAUUGCAACGGUAAAAUGUUGGCUUCGUGUACAUCAGAUUCACAGCAGUCAGUUGAAAUCUUGAAUGAAAGCAAGACUUGGAACGAGGCAGCUAAAUUGUGCUUUAAAAAUAACAGAUAUCCGACACCGUUGGAAAGCAUAAAUCAUGUAAAUGACACUGGAUUUUUCUCUUGGACCGGGGUCGUAUGCAGCGGUGUUAUUUCCAAAAAUGCUGAAUUGGAUAACAUUUCGUCUGAAAUCAUGUAUGGAUAUAUGACUUAUGACGGAUCUUCUGGAUAUGUUCUGAAGUUCACACAUGCAAAUGAUAGAAAACAUAUUCUUUGUGAAAACGUAAACUUACAUACAUUCACAGAAGAACCACAUACUUCAUUAGUGCCGGAAACGGAAAAUGCAACAACACCAACAGACGUGUCCACUAAUCCUGGGGAUAAGGAAUUGGACGAGGAAGAAGUUGCAGACACACUAGGUAUAACUGUUACAGUCAGCACCUUAAUUGUAGUCAUCUUUGUGGCUGUGGCAGUAAUGCUGAUUAAAAAGCGGAGAACGAAUCAAGGGACACGUCUGACUGAAGUUGGAUACGUACCCGAACAAACUAAUAACAUAACACAUAUUUCUGAUGAAGCAGGAGACGGGGCUUACACAACAAUACAAGGCAAUGGCACAGGAGGAGCCAGUGAAGAAAUCGGAAUACAAAAUCCACAAAAGAUUGUUUAUGAGACAUUGGGUGAAAGAAACGAUAAGGAACACGGCUAUGGAACAGCAAAUACACAAAGGCGUGCUUAUGAGUCAUUAGGUGAAAGACAUGAUAAGGAACACAGCUGUGGAACACCAAAUACACACAGAAAUGCUUAUGAGUCACUGGGUGACAGACAAAACAAACACACAGCGAUGAAACAUUAAACCAAACAGUUAACUUUAGACUUUAUGAAUGGGUUGAGUAAACACAUAAAUGUACUAAUGAACGGGAUACAAUAUACUUAUACAUAAUAUAUAUUAAGUACUAUAUUUGUAUAAAUAUCUGUGACAAGGAAUUUAUUUCAAUUUCUUGCCAUGAAGAGAUGGAAUAAUCAGAAUAAUUUGUAUAUUUGAUGUAUUAACAAGUGAACGAGUAUUGCAGUGGCAAUAUGGAAGUCCCCUUCCGGUAAAAAAGAAGUCUUGACCUCCAAUAGUGACAUUGACCUUUGACCGACAACCAUGAGUCAUGUGCGCGACACAUAGUCUAUCCAUUGGCAACAUUUCCGUGUAGUACGAAAAACUCUUCAAUGCAAUUGAAAGUAAUGGAGCAGAAACAAAUUUUUACUUGACCUCGAACAGUGACCUUGACCUUUAACCGACAAGCAUAGAUCAUGUGUUGACACAUUAUCUCAUCAUGGAGAACGUUUGUGUGUAGUGCUUAAAUAUCCUUCAAUGCAAUUAAAAGGAAUGGAGCAGAAACAAUUUUUACUUGACCUUCAAUAGUGACCUUGAUCUUUGAGCUACAAGCAUAUAGCAUGUACGUGCAUAAUAUAUAUAACCAAGGUUUAAGAGCCUCGCUUGAGUUUUUGAGCUAUCGCAGGAUGUAGAUUUGCGGACGGAAACCGGUAGGGGACUAAUGACGUAUCACAUAACAUUCAAUUAUUGCCAUAAUUAAUUAUACUAGUAGUUGUAUUGCUGUUAAUAAUAACAUUUGGGCGAUUUAUGAUUAAUCACAAAUUAUAUUAUAUACAAUUGGUAAAAGGAACCAACCAUUAAUUAGAGCAAGUACUGGUCGUAAAAUGUACGGAUUUUGACCAAUCAGAAGUAACAUUUAUACUUCUAUAAAUCACAGCAUCCUUCUAUAGAUAGCACAAGAGUGCUAGGGUAUACAUAGGUAGACUGAUGAUGGUGAGAUCAUUGUGUAUCCAACGAUUGAUGUAGAUACAUCGGGGAUUCAACUAAUAGUUUAUCCCAGAACCUUGAUCAGAAAGUGAGCAUCAAAAAGGUGAGAAAGAUACAUAAUUGGUUUUAAUCGAUUGAGAAAUGAAGCAACUAACACAGAAAGUAAAACUUUUAACAUUGCGACUUUUGAAACGAAUCAGUUGCUUCUACCAAAUGAUGCCUGACAUCAUGCAAAAGACAUAUAGAACAUGUUGUACCCGCUUUCAUAUCAAUGAGAGGCAAAGAAAACGCCUGUCAUAUCGUUGGAAACAUCAAUUUAUGUAAGAUAAAAGAUAAUUGAUACUCUCAUGAAGAGUGAUAUGUCUUUAAACAUGUAUAAGAGUUGAUAGUAACGUUAAGGCAAUGUGCUGUAGAACCACAAUGAAAAUAUUGCGUAGUCUUUUAUAUAAAAGGUUAUUACUAUGUAUGUUUAAUUAUGCAUUUAUACUAUUUCAUUGUUAUAAAGAAAAUGCUUAAUUUAUUUUAGGCUAUACACUAAAAGAGAGCGGCUUUAAACAUGUAUGGAAGUUAAUAAACAUAAAAUUGUGCAAUAAGCCAAUGUGCUGAUGUUGGCAGGACCAUGGUGAAAAAAUACAUUAUUUUAUUUUUUGGUUAUUCCUUUGCAUAUUUUGUUGUUGCUAUGCAUCGUAAGUUUUAUAUUUAUAGUAUCUGUAUCUAAUAUGUCAUUAUUAAAUAGCAAAUAAUAAUCUAGCUAAUCUGUAAACAUAACAAACUUUAUAACCGAUCGGUUUCAA